AGGCUGCCGGGGCGUUAGUUCCCUGCUCCGCCGCCAGGAUUACCAUGGGCGACCUCAGCGCUGUGCGUGUGCGCGGCUCGGGAGCGGUCCGCUCGGCAGCGGCGCUGCUGUGCGCAGUGGCGUGCUGCGCAGCUGUGGUGGGGAGGACCGGCGCUCAGCAGCUGCCGCCGACCGCGCCUGGCAGCUGGAAGGAGCGCUCGGACUUCUUCAACUCCAACACGGACGGCAGCUUCCAGUUCGGCUACUCCACAGGCGACACGGGGCAGCACUACCACAGCGUCGGCGCCACGCCGGACCACACGGUGAUGGGGGUGUUCGGGCAGCGCAACCUGGUGACGGGCCGCGACCAGCAGACCCAGUACACGGCGGGCGCGCGCGGCUUCCGGGCCCGCGGAGCGCACAUCGCGCGGCGCCAGGACCUGUCGCAGGACAAGCUGCCCUACAGCCCGCCCGUGUCGCCCGACUCGCCCGCCUACAACCCCUCCUACGACUCCUACCACGACCCCAACGAGGACCCCAGCUACAAGUUCGGCUUCCGGUCGGCCGUGCACACGCGGCAGGAGCAGGCCGACUCGCGCGGCCACGUGGACGGCAGGUACUCGUUCGUGGACGACGUGGGGCUGCGCCACGUGGUGGAGUACGAGGCGGGCGCGCGCACCGGCUUCCACGUGAAGACUCCCCACCCGGACUCCAACACUAUCGGCGGGCUGUUCUACCGCGGGCCGCCGGCCAGCAAGACGAGCUCGCAGCCGCGCGGCCACACCGCGGUGCAGCGCUUCCAGAGCGGAGCGUACCGCUUCACGGCCGUGGGGCCCGACCAGCGGCGCGAGGAGCAGAGCGACGCCGCGGGCCACGUGCAGGGCUCCUACACCUACCUGGACGACAAGGGCGUGCAGCGCACCACGCGCUACAUCGCCGGCCCGGGCAUCGGCUACAAGGUGCUCAAGUCGCCGCUGGACGCGCCCGGCGGCCUGCCCUCGCUCCCCUCGCUCCCCUCGCUGCCCUCCUUGCCCUUCGACGAGUCCCCCGGAGCCUCCGCGGCCACGGACGACGACCUGUUCGACCUGCCGGGCGGCCUCAAGACCGCCGCCACGGCCGCCGCGGUCACCUCGCCGGGGGCGGGCGCCGGGGACGACGACCUCUUCGGGGACCCCGCCCCCGCCGCCGCCGCCGCCGCCCCCGACGCUGAUUCGGCCGCGGGCAACUCCGUCGACGACGAGGACAUCUUCGGCGCGAAGCAGCCGCAGCCCGGGGCGGCGCACGGCAACUGCUGCGAGGCGGCGGGCGCGCGCCGGCGCCAGGCGUCGCGGCGCGUCACCGGGCAGUUCCAGGGCUUCCCCGCCGGCGUGACGGUGCGCGCGCGCGUGCAGUCGCUGGACGCCUCGCGCCUCCAGCUGAACCCGGGCGAGGCGCUGGAGCGGCGGCCCGGCACGUAGACCGCGUUCCCCGCUGCUGCCGCCCGGGUGCCCUUCACUUCCCUGCCCUCUCAGACUAAAAAAAAACCAUGUGUAUCAGUACACAUCGCACCCUGAGUACAAGACUUUCGUAACUAAAAAAAAAAAUGAGUUUGUGAGAUAUUUUUUACCAUAAGCAGGAAACUGCGAGACUAUCGCGAUAUUAUAUUUACUUUCACGGGACUUGUGGCAAAUGAAGUAGUGCUGCGCUCUGGAAAAAAAUUAUAUAAGAAUAGGUGCAAGACUAUGGCGAAUGAGUUGUGAUAGUACUGCACUUAUUUUUUGAGUUACGAUAGUCUUGUACUCAGGGUGCGACAUGAUAGGAGUGAAACAUCUUUGUGCAUUUCAAACCGCGACUCAUAAGCAUACCUAUCAUAAGGGGUAAAAUAGCAUAGAGAAAGAUGACAAUUUUCUAAAUUAAACUUGAAUCAUCAAAACUAUUACUCACUUAAAAAUAACUGCUCAGGACAUUAAUAAUUAUUUAUCAAACAAUAAUGAUUAACUAACAAUAAAUAUUACUCACUGUUGAAAUACACCACAAAGAAGAACUGUGCGUGUUUUCUGUUUCUUCAAAAUAUUAUGCCAUAUUGGAACACGCCAAAUCUGUGAACGAAAUGUGAAAAUCCAUAACAGGUAGCGCUAUCUAUGCAAGAAAUGCAGGGACUGUAUAAGCAGCGCUCUCUACGCUGCUGGUUGAACAAGGAGGAAUGCGAGCAUGCUGGUAGCAAAUAUAAAAUUCAAGGCAUUACAGCUGACUGUAUAGGAUACUUAUAUCUAUUUUCUGAAACAAGCACCUGCUCACUCUCUGUCUUAUUCUUUCGUUCAUUUCUCUCUCUCUCUGUUCUAUUUUUUUUGGGGUAGUGGGUGAAUUUUCGCACAAAGAGGAUAACGAAAAUGAACCCAGCAAUGUAUAUAGCAUAGUGCUCUCUUUAUAUAUCUUUGGCCAAGUACCUCUUUUCUGUCCUUUUUGCAUCAGAUACGUUUCACAAUGUUUCAUGAGAACGUUGCAUUAAAAUUUUACUCUCGCUGUGCUCAAAGAAGUUUCACUUCAAAAAUUUACUCAUUUGAACCUAUCCUUUGAUGCCUGUUAAAUUUUCUUUUUGUAAAGUGGUAUUUUCUUUUUCUUAGUGCCCACAAUUCAAAGUUGGGAACACCACUCACUGCCUUGUAUAUAGUAAUGUACGAUUGCUUCAGCACAUACUGUGAAUUCAAUAUAAACACAAAAUACCCAAUAGUGUAUAUAUAUAUAUUUAAAUAAAUCAUUAACAUUUAGGUAUUACUGUAUGAAAUUUCCAUAGGCUUAGCAGAUAAAAAAAAAACAGGCAGCCAGUUCACGUGUCCCAGGCACUAGAAUUCGGAGGGGUGUGCUUUAACAACUCCUUGCUCCGGCCAAAAUUUGCACGGAAUCCUUACCUGAAUGAAGUAAUAAGGCUAAAGCUGUACACAUUUAACAACUAUUAAUGUAUUAAUGUAUUUUGUUGGUGAAAGAGCUGUCUAGGAAAUAUGGUCAUGUAUUUAUUUUGUACAGGCAGAGUACCGCAUGAAAAACAGCCAUGUUCACACAUACAUGCUAAAGGGACGAGGGAGGGGGUGGCUUACACACUAGACUAACCCUAACUUAUUAUUAUAGCUAGCACACACAUGCUAUAUCUGGGCUUAUGGCCCAGAGCACAGUACCGUAAGCCACAAUCCUCAUACAAGUAAAAUCAUACUGCAACUGGGAUAUAACAUAUAUGGUUCCAAAUACUUUUGUGAGACACAAGUAUUUAGGAUAUCACAAUGGGAAUUUACAUUGGACAAAAUGUGUCAUUACUAAUGAAAUAUAUAAUUAACUUGUAAGCUUGUAAAAAGUAUUAAUUUAUCAUGGAAGUGUUAUCAAUGUCGCUUUAUUAUUUCAAAGCUGGUACAAUAUUGUGACAAAAUUGUUGUUUGGUAAAAUUUUCCCAAUUUUUUCAGAUGGAAUUCAGGAAAAAAUUGUUACCUGAUCCAGUGAUGUUAUAGAUUUUAAUGCAUAGAAAGUGUAACUCACACAAGAAAAUAAUAUGUAUAAUUAUUUUGUAAAAAAAAUAAACUUAUGUGUAAAAUAAUUAUGUAAAAAUAAAUUUUUAACAAUUUACCUGUGGAAAAUUUAAAUAUAAAUAACUAAAAAAAGAACCCCCCCUCGCAAUUGUAUUUUUACUCUUUUUUUAUAUCACAUGGCUUA